GUGGAAGCGGGCCGGCACGCUUUCGGCGGUCCCCCUCGCGAGUAGGGGCGCGCCGAGCCAAUGAGCGCGGCGGGGCGCCCCGCUGGGGAGACGGCCCCGAGGCGGGGGGAGUCGCCAGUCGGGCAGCGGCCGGCUCGCGCCAAGAAGUUGUGUAGCAGACCGAGCAGUGGCCGGCAUGGAGGAGCGACGCCUAAGGCACCGCCGCCGGUGACAUGUCUUCGCCGGGUCCCGCGGCAGGAGGGCCCCCCGAACCCGCGUCGCCCGAGACCCGGGCGGCCACGCCAACCAAGCCGUCGCCCUUCUCGGUCGCCUCGCUGCUGGCCGACACCCGGCCCAGCGGACAGAUGAGGUUUACGACGCCGGCCUUCGCCGCCGGCUUCCUGCACGCGGCUGCGCCGCCGCGCGACCCGGGCUUCUCGUUCCUGCACGCGCCGGCGGCCGGCGGUCACUUCGGCUGGGCUCUGCACGCGGCCAGCGGCACGCAGCCCUGCGGACCCUCCUGGUUCGGCCUGGCGCCACACCACACACUGCCCAAGCCGGGCGAGGUGCCUUCGCUGCCGGUCAAGUGUCAACUACGACGCCACAAGAGCAACCGCAAGCCACGGACUCCAUUUACCACGCAGCAACUGCUUGCGCUCGAGCGCAAGUUCCGAGUCAAGCAGUACCUCUCCAUCGCCGAGCGCGCCGAGUUCUCCUCGUCGCUCAACCUCACCGAAACGCAGGUGAAGAUCUGGUUCCAGAACCGGCGCGCCAAGGAGAAGCGGCUCAAGGAGGCCGAGCUCGAGAAACUCCGCAUGGCCAUGCGGCCGCUACUGCCUGGCGCCUUCGGCCUGGGCCUGGCUGGCGCGGGCCCGUUUGGCUCCUCCGCCGGUGCCUCGGGUGCCGUUACUCCCGGCGGCUACGUGCACCCACCGCGGCUGGUGCAGGCGGCACCACCCGCACACCACCCACCGUUCGGCGGCGCCGAGGCCGUGUCGGCUCUGCAGCAGCAGCGUCCCGCGUUAUAGCGCCAGCUCCGUGGAGAUCUAGCACCCUGCCGGCCAGGGUGACAGAGCCACCAUUCUCGAAGUCACCGGUCAAGCGCGAGGAAGGACCUCGUUGUAAAUAUGUAAAAAAAAAACUAAUUUUAUCGUAUGAGGACGUUCGAAAAAUAAAUUACACAAGUUACUCGAGUCGCUCUGGUGGUGACGCUCCUCAUUUGCCGCACACUUGUCUUCGCCGCCGAACUCCCGCUCGGACGCGGGAACUCACGCUUUGCCACGACAGCAAUGUGACGCGUACUAAGGGCAAGCGAUAGUGACGGGGGAAAAAAAAGCAUUAAUCAGCCGCCAUGCCGGACGCUAUCUGUGCGCGGGUAAAUGCGCAUGGGCUGCGCACAGCUCAGCUGGAGCGCAGUGCGCUGUCCCGGGCGAGCGCUGUCUGACCUGCUGGGAGGCCCGAAGGCGUGCGGCAACCUGUGGUAGAAGCCACUCAGCACGACUCACUAUGUGUCGCCGUCGUAUUUGCCUCUUCGGGGCUCAUUGUAAGUCUGAGGCUGCACAGUAAGCCAGACAGCAGUCAAAUGCUUUAGUCUUGCGGUCUGUACUUGCAGACGUCUGUUUAAGUGCGCGGAGUUUCCGUGGACACCAUGAAUAUUGUCUGUCAGUACAAGAGCGCGAGAAUAAAUGUGUUUCAAGUUAAUCAACUUUCUUCCCCCUAUUUACUAACAACAUGCUCGUGUUACACAGUCACAGCGUGUACAAUGUGCUCGUGUGGUGAACGAACAGCCAAAGAGGAAUAUUGGUUUUACAUCGCGGGACAGAACUAAUCGAUUGGUACACAAUGACGUAGCAUAGAGGAGCGGGAGCUCUGGCGCCAAACUUAUAGGUAAUUCAAGAAACAAAGCAUCUCCUUAGUGGCAUGCGCGUUUCAACCUUGCGCGUUCUUUCUCUUUUUUUUUUUUUUGUGUGUGUGUGUGUGCGUGUGCUACACCGAGACUUUGCAGAAAAGAGCUGAAGUCGACAAGUGUCAUUUCUAUUGAUUCCAUUAUGUGGAGGAAAAAAUAGAUGUGGCUGAUGAACAGUUUGGCACAAAUGUAUUGCACAAUUGAUCAUCGUCACGAGGUAGGAGCGACUUUUUUAUUUUCUAGAAAUCUCAAUUUCUGCAUUUUCUUCCUCGCACAUCACAAGAAUGGCACCAACUUCCUGCUGACAUUGUUUCAGCAAACGAUUAUCAUGCCUUUAACCAAGCAUUAGGGCGGCGCAAAGCAUUAGGAAACCAAAGCUUCUACUUCCAGAUAGCUUGUGGAAGCGAUAUCUGGAUAGCGCUUGAUGACCGACUAACAAGCCGACAUCGCCACCCUUGUGGAAGCAUUUUAUAUCGCAUCUAAAGUUAAUACACGAGCAAUCGCUAUGUCAAUUUCUUUGUUUCGUAUUUAGGAGAUGUUAUUGCGCGACAUAAUUUCACCUUUUUUAACAGAUAAUUAUUCAAUGUGUGCCGACUCAUUGCGCAUGUGUGGUAAUGUGUAUAUAUCGACGCAUCUGACAGAAAUAAAAUUUGCAGAAAGUUUACGCUAAUCCGCGACUCUGCGCUCUCGUCUUUCUUUGUCUGUGUUGCGUAAUAUCUUAAUUAUGUGCAUUAGAGAACAUUGUAUUAGAAGCUACGCUUUUUGUAUAUACAUUAACCUUCGGCACAUUUCAUUGUUACUGGUUGGUUGAUCAUAAUUACUUCCCUCUGUAAUGCUCUGGGGCUUAAAGUACACUGAAAAAAUAAAUAAAUAAAUAAAUAAAUAAAUAAAUA